CUAUACCAAUGAAAGAAGAGGAAGAGCUGGAAAUUAAUGCAACAGCUGAUCGAAUAGCGGUUUGGAGCUAUUUCCUUCCAAUGAUGAUUUGUUUUUGCUCCAUGUGGCUGAUUAUUGGUGGAUAUUUUUCAUUGCCGAAAUCGCAAUUUUAACAACAUAAAUUUAUCGAAAUAUAUUGAAAGUAGACAAUUGUUAGUUAUAAAAAAUGUCUUCAAUAGAAAGUGAAACUGUUGCUCUCAGUGAAAUGGAGCGUCUAACAGCCCAUUUGCGAACGCAAAUUGAACAAACAAAACGUGGCGAGGGGCUUGAGUUUGAAGAAGACGAAGAGUAUGUGAAAUUACAAACUGAGAACACGAAACUAAAACAUCGUUUGGCGAUUUUAAACAAGGCAAUUGCAGCAGAACAGAAUGCGCACGGCUCCACUGCUGUUAUUAAAUACCAACCAGUUAAACUACCUAGCACAGUUAACGAAAUGAUAUCAAUAACUGAACAUCUUGUAGAUCUAUUUACAAAUGCCAUCGCAUUGGCAUUUCCAAAUCUUGCUGGCACACAGGCUAUUAUAUCACCUGUGAAUGCAACUGCUGCCAAGUUUGGUGACUAUCAAUGCAAUAGUGCUAUGUCGUUAGCGAAGACAUUAAAAGCUGCCGGUGUUAAUAAAUCUCCUCGCGAUAUAGCUAAUGAAAUAGUUAAAAAUGUUGCACCAUCGCCGCUUGUGGCGAAAACGGAAGUUGCCGGUGCUGGUUUCAUCAAUGUGUUCCUUAAAAAGGAUUAUGCUGUGCAUGCUAUCGAAAACAUUUUACGCAAUGGCGUAAAACCACCAGCUUGCCGUAAACAACGUGUACUCGUUGACUUUUCUUCACCUAAUAUAGCUAAACAAAUGCAUGUUGGUCACUUACGCUCAACGAUUAUCGGCGAAUCUAUUUGUCGUUUGCUAGAGUUCUUAGGUCACGACGUGCUGCGCAUCAACCAUCUUGGCGAUUGGGGUACCCAAUUCGGUAUGUUGAUUGCGCACUUGGAAGAUCGUUUUCCCAAUUUUCUUAACGAAAGUCCACCAAUCGGAGAUUUGCAAGCCUUUUACAAAGAGUCGAAGAAGCGAUUUGACGAGGAUGAAGAAUUCAAGAAGCGCGCCUACAAUUGUGUUGUAUUACUACAAAGCGGUGAUGCGAACUCAACUAAAGCUUGGACUCAGAUUUGCGAUGUGUCGCGUCAAGAGUUCCAAAAAAUCUAUGAACGUUUGGAUGUAACAUUGAAACCAGUCGGUGAAUCUUUCUAUCAGUCACGUAUGAUAGAAGUUGUGAAGUUUUUAGCAUCCAAAAAUCUGUUAGAAGAAGACGAUGGUCGCAAAAUUAUGUGGGCUGAUGAAACCUCAUCGGGCAUACCUUUGACCAUAGUCAAAUCAGAUGGUGGUUUCACCUACGACACAUCAGAUAUGGCUGCUAUAAGGUAUCGUUUAGAAGAAGAAAAAGCAGAAUGGUUGAUUUAUGUUGUGGACUCUGGCCAGAGCACUCAUUUACAAAAUAUUUAUCGUGCUGCGGAACGUGCGGGCAUUUUUAAUCCAAAAAUACAUCGCGCCGAUCAUGUUAACUUCGGUGUAGUAUUGGGUGAGGAUGGUAAAAAGUUCAAGACACGCUCCGGUGAGACAGUGAAACUCUCAGAUCUGCUUGAUGAAGGCUUAAAACGUGCACUUGAUAAAUUAUUGGAAAAAGAACGUGAUAAGGUUCUCACACCAGAGGAAUUGAAAGCAGCGCAAGAAUCUGUGGCUUAUGGUUGUAUUAAAUAUGCCGAUUUAAGUCAUAAUCGCACCAAUGAAUAUGUGUUCUCCUUCGAUAAAAUGUUGGAGGAUCGUGGUAAUACUGCUGUAUAUCUGCUCUAUGCAUUUACGCGCAUCUGCUCAAUAUCACGUAAUUGUGGUGAAGAUUUCUCUGACCUGGUGAAAAUAUUAGAUAAUCGUACUAAGAUUGAAUUGGAACAUGAAAAGGAAUGGAAACUAGCGAAGACUCUAUUAAAGUUCCCCGAUGUGUUGGUUAAGAUUUCAAAGGAUUUAUUGCUGCAUACACUUUGUGAAUUCUGCUAUGAAGUUGCUACCGUAUUCUCCGAAUUCUAUGACAAUUGUUAUUGUAUUGAGAAAAAUAAGAGUGGCGAAAUUGUGAAGGUCAAUCGUGGACGAAUAUUGUUAUGCGAAGCUACAGCUGCCAUAUUGAAGCAGUGCUUCUUUAUUUUGGGCUUGAAGCCUGUUUCUAAGAUUUAAAGUGCUCACUUAACUCAUAUUAAAUUGUAUAAUACUGCUAUAAUGUAUUAAUUUUUUACAGAAAAUUGAGUUUGAUAAAAUUCAUACAA